AUGACAAAAAUAUUCAUCAUCGGAGCAACAGGUCAUAUUGGUGGUGCGGUUUUAGAUCUCGUCUAUCCGAAGUAUCCAGAUGUGCAUAUCAAAGCAUUGGUACGAGAUGAGAAGAAAGGCAAAAUACUUGUGGGCAAGUACCCGCGAGUAACUUUUGUUGUUGGGGAUUUGACAUCUUUGGAUCUCUUGACUGGAGAGGCGAAGGAAGCGGAUGUUGUCAUCAAUACAGGACCCGACGUCAAGCAAGAUGUAGCUAUCUCAGCUAUCCUUGAAGGAUCAGCAAACCACUCCUCAAAGGCAUAUUACAUCCAUACUGUCGGCUCAUCGCUCAUUUGGGAUUCACCCGGUAGUAGCUCUCAAAACGAGCAAAAGAUAUUUGACGACGUACUCGAUAUCCAAGCGUUGAAAUCUUUCCCACCCGCCGCACUCCACGCUACUUCCAACGCCCCAUCAUCUCCCCCACCGUCGUCCACGGCCUCUCUCCCUCCCCUCCUCUCCGCCAUUACAACCACCCAAUCCGGCUUCACCAUCUCCCCCACCACAAAUCUCCAAUCACACAUCCACGUUCUCGAUCUCGCUCAAAUCUAUCUCUCUCCUCUCCUCCGCGCUCAACGACGCAUCUCCCGAUCCUCAAAAAUGGGGCCCGGAAGCCUUCUAUUUCGCUGCAUCGGAAGAUCUUUCUUUCGGAGAAUACAUGUGUCAAAACCCCCAUAUAAGUUGGUGCACGAUACGCAGAUCAAGACACUCUCAUUCUCGGAAGCGGUAAAAGUAGUAGGGACCUUGACGGCGUAUUUGUUCGGUAUUAAUAUGCAAGUGAGAUGUACGAGGGCGAAGGAGGUAUUGGGAUGGGUACCAUGGGCAAAAAAGGUGGAGGAGGGGCUUGAUGAGGUUCUGGAGGUUUAUUACAGGGAAAGGGAUGAUGGGGCUGGGAUGCAGGAAUUGGAUGAUACAUAUGGAUUGUGA